AUGUCGACAAUGUUUCGAAUUACUGGUUUAAUAAUUUUAAUUUUCGCCCUCAAUCGCUACGAAUGUUACGAAAGUGAGAUUGGUUGCAACCGACGUCCCUUAGGCACUAAGACCGAACCUUUGCCCCCAGACAAUCGAUUUAAAAUCGAUAUUAUAGGCAUAAAUGAUGAUAUGUACAUACCAAGGCAUCAGUACACAGUUCGUCUUUACUCAAACGACGGUGUAUCCAGUUUCAUAGCCUUUACCAUAUCAGCUCGAGAAGAUACCAAAUACAACGAGAAGAACCCAAGAAAACCUAUUUUAUUGGAUCCCGGGGCUAUUAAAGUAUCGCCAGAUGCGCCCUCUGUGCCUAGUCCAUGUAAAAAUUCGGUUAUACAGUCGGAUAUUAAACCAAAAAAGUCGAUAGAGGCUGUGUGGAUAGCACCAGCGAAAGACAACAAAUGCGUUACAAUAUACGCAGUAUUGGCAGUGAAACAAGAUGUGUGGUAUAAUUCCGACGGUCCCUUGUCAAAGAGAGUGUGUGAGGAUAGGCGUAACAUGGAAGACAUGCAGCCUGUUGAAAAUGAUAAUUGUCAGGCUUGUGAAGAUGCGAGAUAUUUGCUAACAUUUGACGGUAUUUGGUCGUAUAAUACACAUCCGGGCAUGUUCCCAAAGACACAGGAAUUGGCCCGAUUCAGUGAUGUAGUCGGUGCUUCGCAUAGUAAAAGUUUUAAUGUAUACAAAAUACACUCGGAAGCGAGUGCGGGACUGAAAAUGUUAGCGGAACAAGGAAACACCACAAAACUGGAAAUGGAAAUAUUAUCACAGUUGGGCUCUUCAGUUCGUACGGUAAUAAAGGGUUCAGGUCGUUCGAAACCGAACAUGGUGACAACAACGUCAUUCAGAGUAACUCGACAGCACCAUAGAGUGUCACUGGUGACAGCCAUCUUGCCUUCACCAGAUUGGUUCCUCGGCGUGUCCAAUAUGGAACUGUGUGAUGCUGUGACACGUAAAUGGGCACCGAAUUUGACCUUAAAUCUUUACCCUUUGGAUGCUGGGACGGAUAGUGGUACUACUUUUGAGGCAUCAAACGAUGACACUAUGCCCCCACAACCGAUAUCUUCAGCGCCGAUUAACAAGGAUAUACCGAAGGAACAGAUAAAACCUUUUGCCAAACUAACUUUCGAACUUACCAGAACUUACCCAAAACUAUGCGACUCUGAAGAAUCCUCUGAACCGCACGUACAAGAAGAACAUGAAUAUAAAGAAAUUAACAAUAAUCAACCUACUACGCCACCUCCAGUCGAAGUAUCAAUUUCCGUGGACCCCGACUCGUCUUCAGAAUGUCCGAUGACGGAAUGGGAGGAUUGGUUGCCGUGUGAAGGGGAAUGCAUAGACAACAAACUACAAGGAUUCCAGAGCAGGUUCCGCUAUCACCUUGUUGAUGGCGUUGCUGUUGGAAAGUAUGUGGAAAAUGGACCUUCUUAUGCAGAUAAAGAAGUAUCAAGAUACUGUCAAGAAAAUUAUGAAGACAGUGAAUUACAAGCUUGUGAAGAAGCUUGCAACCAAGAGGAAGAUUCUUGA